AUGGCAAACAAUCCAGAGUUAGUUUGUAAAAAGAAGGCCCCUCGUUUUCUAAAAGUUCCUUUAAAAUCGACUGAACAGAUUUAUCUUCUGUUUGUAAUUCCAACAUUCAUUGCAUGUUUUGUAUACAUAAUUCACUUCUCUGCUGAUUUGGUGGUUGCUGUACAACAUUUCAAUGAAAAUAAUCCAUUAUGGGGAUGGUGUACUAUUAUUUUCAUGUAUGCACCAGCAAUCAUGUACUUUAUGUUAACUGUUUCAAGGCCAGAUUGGUGGAUGACAGAUGAUGACAAACUAACAAAAGGUGUCUUUGUUUGGUUCUGCCUUCAAUUCUGUCAGUUGGUUGGAUUCGUCUUUUUUUCACUUUAUAGGUAUGCAGGACUCAUAGUGCUAUCCGUGGAUGCUAUUAUGUUAUCUGGAAAAGAGAGAACUAAGACUCUAGAUAUAGCAGCUGCGCCAGCAGCUAUAGAACUAUACUUUUUCUUACAAGCUUGGUUUCAGGCAGCUCCUCAAGCUAUCUUUCAAACACAUUUACUCUUCCGUGAAUCAUCAUCCCAUCAGAGUCACCAAUCUGUGGUCAUAAGGGCACUUUCCAUUUUUAUGUCCAUUGUGAUACUGGCCAUUCAAACUACUUCUAUGCAACGAUUUGAAAGUCAACGUGUUAAUGGCAGAAAAUUACCAUGGGCAAUGUGGUUAAAAAAAUACUGUGAUCAGGAACUCUGUAAUCUUGAAGAAAAAGCUCCUCUAAAUUUAGCAGAUGUAAAAGAGGAAGACUCUAUCCAUACAAAUAAUCCUACAGAGGAAUCGAAAAAAUUUGAAAUACCUGCAAUAGAAAAUCGGGAUGAGGAACGAAUUUAUUCUGAUAUCUGUUUAGAUCGUCAAAUAUCUGUAACACCUCCGUUACCACCAAAAAACGUGCGAAUUAUACCACCUCCGACUCCUUUGCGGGGAAUUACCACAGUCACACCUUUACCUAUUCCUGAUGCACCAGCUCCGCCCAUACCGGAUUCAGUAUGUACAAUCAUAGAAAAUGAGUCUGAGAAUGUACUUACUAAAGCAGUGUCUGCUGCAGAAAAAAACAAAAGCACUUUACAUAGUUUAAAAGUUCCACAACGAAGAUAUACAAAAAAAUGUUUAGAAGAAGAUGAUCCUGUAGGCAAAUUUCUAUGUUUCUUAUGGUGGUUUUGUUUUAUUCUCGCGCGUAUACUUGCUAUUGCAGUAUUCUAUGAAUUUUAUCCAAUUUAUUUAGCCAUUGUGAUUAGUAUACACUAUGGCAUAAUGCUGUUGUACCUCUUUUAUUAUACGGAAUAUUACGAUGGCAUUAGUUUUAUGGUUAAUUUAUGGUUGGGAUUAGUUUAUAUAGUUAGCUUGAUUGAGUAUAGAAUUAAAUUUAAAUACGCAGACAAGUGGCUGUUACCAUACUAUGUCUUUGUAGUACUUCAAAAUACACUUCUGACAUUAACUUGGUAUUUCUAUGCAGACUGGCACGGAUUCUGGUAUUCUUACAUAUUUUAUGUAAUAUUUACAAGCAUGGCGCUCUGCAUUUUAUCAACCACAGUUUAUUGUGUUUUACUUAAACCAAAGAAACGUAGAAUAUAUACCAGUUGA